AUGUUGGAGUUACAACGAUUGAUGGAACUCAAUGAUUGCUCAAUUUUAUCAAUUGAGGGUUAUAUAGAGGAACAUGUGUUGGAAUUACAGCGACUAAUGGAAAACCUAAUUUCCCUUAAUUCUUACUACCAUGAAUUUUACAGUACCUUAACCCCAGAAGUUGCAAUUCCUUUCAACCUAGUAUCCCCAUUGAAGAAAGAUCUUACUCAUAGUGAAAUACUUUCAGCUCCGAUUUCUAAUCCAUUACCAGGGAAGACAAAUACAAACACAUCCUCAGACAGUGACAUGUACGGAUCCAGUGAAUCAUCUAUCAAACCUCAACACCUGAACGAUGAAGUCUGGGACUAUAUUUUAUGUGAUGGAACUCUUCCUAAGUCCAGAGAUAUUUCAUCAUCCCUUUUAGAAAUAAUGAAGUUCGAUUUUGAUUAUUGGUAUCCAUUUGAUUUCCAUUUUUCUGGUAAAGAUCUUAUCCAAAAUCACCUUACCUUCUGCAUUUACAGCCAUACUACAAUUAUGCCCAAACAUUAA